AUGAAAUUUCCAUGGACUACAUCGAUUGUGGACGUGCUAAAGGAUGACAAUAAAGUAGAUGAAAAGCUACAACAUGUAGCCAAAUCACUCGUAAAAAAAGGAGGGGAUAUAAGUGUUGUCAUUGAGGAAUUGGGACCAGCAUUAACACACAAAGACGCAGACAUCAGAUUAAAAGGAAUGAAAUUUCUAUCGGAUUUAUUGAAAAAUAUCCCAAAUGAUUUCCUUAAUACAGCUCAAUUCGAAUUUAUUUCAAAAUUUUAUGUGGAUAGAAUGAAAGAUCAUCAUUCAAUUACGCCUCAAGUUAUUAAUGGACUGUUAGCGUUAAUUCAAAUGAAGAACUUUCCACAUUCAAGCAUCAUUCAAAUUCUUCAACAAAUGUUUGCUCAAAUAUUAUGCCAAAAUCAAACAAGGAACGACAGAUCAAAUAUCUUUUCUAUCCUACAAUAUGCGUCUGACAACUUCCAACAAGAACUUGAGACGAUGGGAACUGAUUUCAUCUAUGGAGUAAUUCAAGCAAUCGACGGUGAACGUGAUCCAAGAAAUUUAUUAUUUCUAUUCGAAUUCAUGCCUCGCUUUAUAAACACGUAUGAAUUGCGUCAUUUAAAUGAGGAAAUGUUUGAAGUCUUUUCGUGCUACUUUCCGAUUGACUUUCAUCCAUCACCAAAUGAUCCUAAAGCCAUCACUCGAGAUUUUUUGGCUGAAAAACUAAAGCUUUGCUUAUGCGCAUCCAAAGAUUUUGCUCAAUUCUGCUAUCCGUUAGCACUUGAGAAGCUCGAAAGUGACCUGACUGUCGCAAAACUUGACUCACUCAGCUUGUUGUCGCACGCGUCUUCAACGUUUGAGGUGAAGAGUGUUUUGGAGAAUUUCGAUGAUGUUUGGCAAGCCAUAAAGAAAGAACUAUUGCCAGGAUCAAAUAACAAAGAGAUACGUGCAAAAGCACUUUGCGUGAUAUCCGAUAUUCUGAAAGCAAUCAAUAAUGAUGAAGCUCACUUUGAGAUUAUUCUGAAUAAAAUCUUUACAAAUGCGAUUGGGACAUUGCUAAAUCGUGAUUCGAGUUUAUUUAAACCGACUUUAGAGCUAGUCAUUAAAUGUGCUGAAGCAUCUGAUAAUUCAUGCUUGUAUGUCAUGAAUAAAGUUCUUCCAAUCACUCUUACUGAAAUGACGACAAAUGAGGAGAUUGCUGAUUCAGAGAAAUGUGACAUCUUAGAGGACUUCCAUAAAUUCGUAUGUAUCAUGGUCGAUAUGAAUAAACUUGGUGAAUAUAAAAAUGACAAUUACAUGAUCAGCAUACAAAGAGAGUUGAUUAAAAUUUUGAUUACGUACGAUUCAGACUUGUCGAAAAUAUCAUGGAAAAUAAUGACCCGCAUAACACCAAUAUUAAGUGACGAAAAUCGUCAAAUCAUUUACUCUAAAUUAAAUGCUAAUUUAACAAAGUCAUCGACCGAAGAAGCUGAAUGCUUAUUAGAGUUAGCAAAAGUCUAUCCACAUGAGAUUCAUAAAUUGGUGCUUGAAGAGCAUUUCUCAAAAAAAUAUGACAAUGAAGAGUUUGCCAAAAAUAUUUUCAAGACACUUUCACCGCUUCUUAUUGUCCCUGAACUUCGUGAACAUAUCAUUGAAGUUUUGUGCAUUAAUCUCUUCAACAAUCACUUGUCAGUUAUUCAGCUUGUCGUUCUUGACAUUCUUCGUGAAAUUUUGAAUUCUUCCAAGUCGCCAGAAAUAGCUAAAAUCUUGUACGGUGAAUGGAGAAUUGUAGUCAAGCUAAUUGAUUUGAUUAAGAACCUGAAUAUUGAAAAGGACCAAGAAGUUAUGUAUCGGGCAUCAUUAAUAAUGAGUCUUGUAAUUCGUUUAUUGCCGAAUGAUCAACAAAUGGAAUUAGUUGAAAAAUAUCUACCUCGUAUGAAGCUUGAAUCAUCCAUUUCCGAUUUAUAUAUAACCUCAGGAAUUAUGGCCUUUCUUGAUGCCGCGAUUCCUGUAGAGAAUCACUUUGAGCAAUUAGUCAAUGAACUAACGAAUUUAUCAUUAACAACUCAUGAUGAGAAUGCAAGAAAGAUUGCAAAUCAGCUACUUUGUAGUUUGUUUAAUCGUGCGCCAGUAGAUGAUAAGCAUAAGAAGAUAUUGAGUAAGAUUUACGAUAUUUUAAAGGAUGAGAUUAAAAAGCAAAAUCAUCAUGCAGUUAUUAUUCUUGGUUGGAUAAGUAAGGGAUUACUUGCUCGUGGUCAUCCAGAUGCUGCAGAAAUAUUGGAAACAUUAUCGGAAUUACUGGAUCAUCCAAAAUUAUCAAAAUCAGCAGAACUUGCAUUUGAGAUUAUUUCAUUGGAAUUCCCAAAUCUACAUUUGCCACUCUUGAAGCAUCUUUUUAAGCAAAAAAUUUUUGUGCUUGCCAUGAAAUUUUUGGAUGGAAAAAUUGAAAAGUUUAGUGAACAUCAUUUAACAGCUAUGGCUAAUAUCCUACAAAUCACGCCUCAUCAGGUCUUGAAGAUGAAUAUCGACAAAAUUGGACCAAUUUUAUUCAAGUGCAUUGAAACUGGUUCCGAUGAUAACAGUCCACAUCCCAAACGAGUUCUUUUAAGCUUAAAAAUAAUUAAUAAUUUCAUUAGCGAUAAGCACCAAUUUAUUUUAACUAAUCUACAACGUUUAGUCAAGGAAUUUCUCAAGUUAUCACAGUUCAAACAUUUAAUGGAUAUUCGCAUAAUGGCUUGUAAGUGCUUAGAACAUUUGACCAAAUUUCCAUUGUUUACUCUCGUGCCAUACAAAAAUGACGUUACCCAUGAUUUAAUCCCGGCUCUUGAUGAUCCAAAACGACUAGUAAGAGCGGCAGCUGUUAGUGCUCGAAUGUCAUGGUACUUGCUCGGCGAAAAUGAGAACGAUAAAGCUUCCAACAUUUAA